GUCUGUGUCAUGGCGGACAGCAGAAAACGUGGUGUGGCUCCUGUUGCAGCGCUUUUUCUCGAUCGCGAGGAGAUGCUCCAGACGAGGUGCACGCAGCAGCGAUCCCACCGCGACAGCACAGGGCUGAGCACAGCGGUGGUUAUGUCGACGCUCGUUCAUGGUCUUGUUCCCAAGACACAGCAGGCUGUUUUCGAGCUGAAACACCUAAUUGGGGAUGAGCACACACUUCCGUGCUUCCUUGCGGACAUCUGUAGGCGGCGACACUCUCGAGGAUGGAUGUACUGCUGUACCGAUGAACGAGUACGCGUUCAACAACUGAUAAAGAGCAGGUGGCACCUGGUCUACCCUGGAGCACAAGGACGACUACCAGGCCAGAACAUACAACGGCGUUGGCACGCUGUCGAAGAUUCGUUCGCUUUCGCCGACUUGGGGCGGAUAUUGCUGAGAGCUUCGUCCUUCGAUGUCACCGUGCUGUUUGGCGUUGCGGAGGAGCUGAGCUUCGUGUCCUAUGGCACCAACGACGGGCCAUUCUAUGCACACGUGCCUGGCGAAUCUACUGCUGCUGUGCAGGCGAACAUCCAACGAUACGUUACCGACAUAAUAUCAAGAAGACAGGCAUGGACAAGCGAACGGGGUCCGGCGAAGCCGACACGCGCAUGGCGAUGACGAUGUUGCUGGACGAGCAUCGUGGAUACCGUCCGGACACAAUUUGGUCCCAACCAGAGGGGGACUAGGGAAUCAUUUGGUCGGGCGGGCGGGGAAUUUUGCGUGGACGUGGUGCCUCAAGGAAACUUUAGAUUUGGAGUCGUGGGCAGGGGAGAGAGGAGCUUUAGCUUGGGCU